CGUUCGAAGAUUGCCGCGUUCGGUCACGUGAGCAAGUCGCCCGAGUCGCUCCGAAUGCGUGCCCGCUCCGUGAUCCUCUGCGUGUACGUGAGGAAAGCUGUCAAGUGCUCGAUAUCGCGAUAGUUUGGUAAAGUCAGCUGACGCCGAGAUGCAAUCCUCCGUCGCUCGUUAGCUGUAGUGAGAUCGACCGUGAUCGUGUGAGCUCACAAGCAUCCGCGGAAGCGUUCAUCUUCCCUUCGUGAACCGUGAAUUCAGGUGCGAGCAAUUUGUAUAGAUUUGAAAUUCGCCACAGGAAAUUAAAAGAGACCAUCAUGCCACUCAGUGCAGAUAUAUCCACAGCACUCCACUUGCUGGAGCAUGUGCAGGAACGUGUGGAUGACUGCGAUGAUCCUAAGCUGCAGAUGCACACCUCCCAAGAUUUAAAGUCAUUGAUAACCUUACUGGAGGAUCCAGUACUUCGCAGUAUAGUCACGAUUCAGGAUUCACUGAUCGAAUUAAACACUCAGUUGGCGCAUCAUCCAUCUAUUUUGCCUGGUGACUUUGAUAUUAACAUCAGUGGGCAGUUGGAACUCUCUGUACCGAGUACACCGGUGCAACCACUCGGUCCAAAUCUAUAUCAAGAUUUAUACCAAGACAGUAGCGAGCUGGAUGACCAGAGAGUACCAGUUGCUCCGUUACUGCACAGUAGCAGUGAAGAUACAAGUGCACAGGUUACUAGCCCGAGUCUUGUUUCAGAAGUUAUUGGCAUGCCUCCUAUAACUACUCCUACUUAUGCAAAGGAAUUUAAGAAGGUUAUCGAAGCCGCGGCGAGAGGGCGACAGAUAUUUACAGUGCAGCUGUACAAGCCGGAAGGAACCAGCCUGGGAUUCAGCGUGGUCGGGCUGCGCAGCAAGGACAAAGGCGAGCUCGGCAUCUUCCUGCAGGAGAUACAACCCAACGGUAUAGCAGGGUGCGACGGUCGAUUGGUAGAAGGCGACCAGAUAUUGGCGAUCGAUGGGCAGCCCUUAGACUCGAACGUCUCCCAUGAACAAGCGAUCUCGAUUCUUCAGAAGGCCCGUGGUCUGGUUGAGCUAGUCGUAGCGAGAAGCACCCAAGACGUUGGGAGCUCUUUGCCAACGGAUGAAUUGUCCGGUGGUUCGAGUUCGACAGCGGCUGCAGGAGCAGCGUCGUCCAUCGUCGGCGGCGGUGCCGCUGCAGGGAACAACCAGACAAACUCCGACAAGGAUCAAUCGGUGUCAGCGUCAUCCGUCGUUACACCAGCACCGACCCCGAAGUCAAGUCAACCGGCCAGCACCACUUCGGCGGCCACCCCGACACCUACACAUACGCCAACACCUACGCCGACCUCGACGCCGAUACCUGGUGGCCUCGUUAUCGAAAGGAGCCCCUCCGCCGUUAGCGACGCCUCCAAGAGUGGUUCUGACAUGGUGUUGAAUACGGAAUGGGCUCAAGUUGAAGUGAUAAACCUAAUCAACGAUGGCAGCGGUCUUGGAUUCGGCAUCAUUGGCGGACGUAGCACCGGCGUCGUCGUCAAGACGAUUCUUCCAGGCGGUGUUGCCGAUCGCGAUAAUCGACUCCAGAGCGGGGACCACAUAUUGCAGAUCGGCGAGGUCAAUCUACGCGGGAUGGGCAGCGAGCAGGUCGCCGCGGUUUUACGGCAAUCGGGCACACACGUGCGGCUGGUUGUCGCGCGACCCGUGGAGCCGACUUCGCCGGAUUAUCAGGCUCUCGGGAGUCACGCUCCGAUCGUCCCUACGAAAAUCCUCGGGGAUCCGGACGAGCUGGACAGGCAUCUGGUGCACAGCGUCUCGGACAGUUACAACGCGCGACACGCGCAGGGUGACUCGAGCUACGACGGAUACAUGUAUUCGCAGGAAUCCGACAUUGAAAUGCACGCAAGACCCGGUCUCAUCAUGGACGUGGUACGCAACCCAAUGCCAAUUGGAGCGAUGCCAGUUAUACCGGCGGUGCCACUUCCGGUGCAGCUGCAGGAUCUACCGAUGCUCACCAUGGAGCCCCUUGAUAUUAAUUCACUGCCAGAAAUGGAGCGCUUCACGGUCGAACUUACGAAGGACAUCUACGGCCUCGGGAUCACGAUCGCCGGAUACGUCUGUGAGAAAGAGGAACUCUCCGGGAUCUUCGUUAAGAGCAUCAGCGAGGGCAGCGCGGCCGAUCUCAGCAAUAAGAUCCAGAUAAACGAUCGAAUAGUGGAGGUGGACGGACACUCCCUGCAGGGCUACACUAAUCACGAGGCCGUGGAGGUGUUGAGGCGUACGGGACAGACGGUAGCCCUCUGCUUGGAGCGAUAUCUACGUGGACCAAAGUUCGAGCAGCUUCAACAAGCGAUCGCCGCAAGCGAAUUGAGAUUACCUCAGCCGAGUUCCCCGUCUAUAACGAGCCUACCUAGCUUUCCCAUGAGCGCGGAUGGAGAAACUACCACCGAGAUCGAGCCAGAGGGUGAGUCCCACACCACCGUGGACAGCGCGGUUCUGCAGGAAGGUGAGCGCAUAAGAACGUCGGACGAGCAGGACGACGCGACCAACGUAGAAGCGCUGUUGAGCGAUCCCUCGAGUGAACUCACGCCUCAGAUUCGCGCGGCGAUCAAGUCCAAGUGGCAGAAGAUCAUCGGGCCUGACACCGAGAUAGUAGUCGCUCAACUGAAAAAGUUCGCCGAAGGGAGCGGUCUUGGAAUUAGCUUGGAGGGAACGGUCGACGUGGAGAACGGCCAGGAAGUCAGGCCUCAUCACUACAUUCGUUCUAUUCUGCCGGAGGGCCCCGUCGGACAGAACGGCACGCUGCGCUCUGGGGACGAGCUGCUAGAGGUGAACGGCUACCGCUUAUUGGGCAUCAAUCACAUGGAAGUGGUUAGCGUGCUGAAAGAGUUGCCUAUACACGUUCGCAUGGUCUGCGGAAGAAACAUCGCCUCGCAGGACCCGCUUUGUCCCAUCGACACCGCUCAGCAUCAGGCCGCCUUCCAGACUAGAAGCAUCCUCGGCGGGUCACUGCAGAACUUGUUGCCCACGAUGGAUCGGCUCGUAAAAGCAAAGUCGGACGGUUCCUUGGCUUCUACGACGACCACGGCCACGGUGACCGACGCGAGUCUAAACAAAAUGAAGUCGCGUUCGUUGGAACCGCUGACCGGUCUGGCGAUGUGGAGUUCUGAGCCGCAAAUUAUCGAAUUGGUUAAAGGAGAGAGGGGCCUUGGGUUCUCCAUUUUGGAUUAUCAGGAUCCAAUGAACCCCAACGAAACUGUGAUAGUAAUACGGUCGCUCGUGCCCGGCGGCGUGGCGCAGGUCGACGGGCAGUUAAUACCGGGUGAUCGGCUUCUGUUUGUGAACGACAUCGCAUUAGAGAACGCAACACUGGACCAGGCCGUGCAGGCCCUCAAAGGUGCCCCGAAGGGGACCGUACGCAUCGGCGUGGCCAAGCCGCUGCCAAUACCAGACAGUAUUGUCCAGAGGGCGACGCCGACUCGCAAGAUCAAACGGAGCAGAAGUUUUCCCAACGAGAGCGAGACGACCGAUCGCGUAGCCGAGCUCGAGGAACUGCUCUCUUCGAGAUCAGGCCUGACGGAAUCUUCGACGAACAAGCCGGAGAUCGACGAGGACGAGGAGGAGGAGGACGACGAGGACAACUGGAAGGAUGCCUCCCCGGUGACACCGAUUUGCAGCCCGACACGGCGCCCUCCCAGACUGCACCAUCGCGACAAACGUUCGCCCACCAGAUACAUCGACGUCGAUAACGACGUCGAGAUCAUCCACGAGUUCUAUCCGACGACGUCGAAGACGAUGCACGAGGAGACGAGCAUCGUAUCGUACGGCGGCACGAUCAUCGUGGAGACUACGAGGAUACCCAGGCACAGCAAGGACAUGGCCGGGAGGAUAGAGAAGGUGGCGCCGAAGGUGAAGCUGAAGAAGCAGCCGUCUGUGGAGUUGGAUCGCGUGCCGCCCGUGCAGGAAGAGCCGUCCACCAGCGCGCAGGAAGCGGCCAAGAUCACGACGGAGGCCGCGAAGUCAUCGCGGGAGGACGGAAAGAGCUCGAAACGUCGCGGCAGCUUGGAGUCCGAGGGCCGCACGUCCACGUCGAGGGAGACGCUGGAGAAGUCGGACACGUCGUCAGAAAAGGGUGCCAAGAAGAAGGUGUUCACCGAGAGAGAAGAUAGUAAGAAACGAUCGAGGAGGUCGGACAAGCGUGCCGGCAAGCUCGACCGCAGAACAGAGGCGGACUCGUCGAGGCGGAAAGCAGACUCGUUGGAGGACGAGGACUCCAAGAGGAAGAGCCACGACGAGACUUACCGGCGGUCGCGCGAAGAACGGAAGAGCCUGAAGGAACAGGAGUGUAUCGACAGGGUGACGGAGUUCUUGACGAGGCACAGUAUUCCGAUCUACCCGGACAGCGGCGGCGGUCUCGAAGCGGUGGAGCCUGCUCAAGUUCCUGCCGAGGUCGUAGACGAGCAGCAACCGGAGCUACGAGUCAAACGUCCGUCAGCUAUCGGCAAAGAGGAGGAUGCAGAUGUUGCGACAAUCCCCGAGACGUCUAUCACGUCUACGAAACGGAGGGAGAGCCUGAAGAGCGUUCCCGAAACGGAGGAAGCCAAGGACUAUCCGGAGGACUCGAAAGCGGUCGUGAAAGAUGCUAAGAGAGCCUCGGAGAGCAAGAGACAACGGCGAACUUUGGAACGUGCCCCUGCGGCCGUCUCGGACCAAUUUGAACAGGCGACGGUUCAAGAACCCGUGAAACGACCCAGCUCGUUGAGGAAAAGGAGAGACUCCUUCUCCAGAGAGUCCUCGAGGGAAUCGCUAUUGGAAGAGAAAAAGGGCGUGAGGAUCCAAGAGGAUGUUCAGGAGAUCUUCUUCGAGGACACUAGUGACCAGGUGACCGACUUGCUGCCGGAAGUGCAGUUGGUGACCGCAAGGAUCAUCAGUGCGGAAGAGGCGUCCGCGAUACGUUUCGAGGAGGCGGCCGCGAGGAUCGAGAUCCACUCGCCGCCGGAAGUAGCCGUGGUGUCCGAGAUGUUCAAGCCGAAAAUUCUGACGCGAGCGCCGUCGCCGGAAGCCGUCGACGUCUCGUCGUUGCAGCUGCCCGCCUUGGCGAAGUCCACUUCGGAGAGCACCUUGGCGGAGAACAAACUGGCCGCCGGCGAGGGCAAGAAGGUCUCCGUGAGGAAUCUCAAGCCGGAAAUUCUUCUGGAUUUGUCCAAGGUGUCCGACAACGGUGCAGAGAUCGGCGAGGCGGUGGAGGGCGGCAGGGACAUCAUGGAGAGGCGACUCAGCCGUACUGGAAGCGAAGGCUUCAAGAGAUCACCGAAACCCCAGGAACAAGAGUUUCCUUUCAAGAUCGGUAGCAUCGCGCAGCCCGACAAGCCGGAGCUAACUAUCCUGCACGAGACGGAGAAAGUGGAGGGUAGCGGCGAUCUUACCAGGGAAAUCGUGACGAAGGACGCGAAGGAAGACGACGAUAUUCCGAGCGGCGAAGCUCGACGCGCAUCCAGAGGAUCCAUCCGCGCGCCUCCAAAGGACCUCGCGAUCCCUCUGAGGAUCAGCAAAGCUGUCGACCGAGUGACUGCGCCGCAGGAUCUCCGGAAGGAGGAACAAAAGGCGCCACGAGAGGAAGAGACUAGGGAGGAUUCGAGGAGAGCUCGUGAUUAUGGUCAGAGUCCGUCGCAGCUGAAACGAUCGCCAUUGUUGGAGGAAGCAGCCCGCAGGCAGGAGGAGGACAGUUUAAUCUGCAAGGAGCAUUCUCUUGAGUACCAGAGCCAGACUCUCGAGAGCCAGUUGGAUCACCUGUUCCACGAGGUGAUCACGCCCUCCUUGGAGGAUAACCUGAGGCCGGUGCCCGACAGCUGGAGCCGCGAGGUCUACGAAGAGAACCUCGACGAGGUCGAGCACAGCUUCAAGGAGACGCAGUACUCGCCGAAGGAGAAGCGCGACGUGCAGACUCAGACGGUGCAGGAGUCGAAGAGCACGCAGUGCAGUCCCGAACAGAGCGUGUCGAGCCCAUACGAAGAACCAUCCCGAAUUAGCCCCUUCCACAUCGGUCAGAAGUACUUUCAGAGUCCUAGACGGGAAGUGCAGACGCAGACCCAAGGCGAGAACAAGAGCGUCCAAUGUUGCUUGGACGACUUGGGCAGCCUCGAUAGCUCGUGGAGAGGCGACACCGCCUUCUUCGGCAGUCCGGCUAGAUCGGAUCAGGUGCAGGAGUCGAAGAGUAUCCAGUGUGUGCCAGAAGACAUUAUCAAGUCGCCCCACAAGUCAAGAUCUUCAUCGCAGGAGGACCUACUACGCAGCCCUCGACGGGAGGUUGAGGUGCAGACCUACCAGGAGUCCAAGGCGAUCCAAUGCAGCGACGACGAAUUGCUCGAAAUUGAUCAGGCGCGUUCCGAUCCUCCAGCCGCGCAUCGUAGCAGACCGACCAGCUUGACGUCGAGGAAGACCGAGGAGAGUUCGCCUUCGUCAAGCUCCAGCUCGCCACGCAAGUUCCCCACGGUCGUCUUUGUGGAAGGCAAAGGGGACAUGACUGUCACGCGCAGGGAGCACGAUGGUGACGUCACCUGGUCGAAGCACUGGGGUCCCGAGAGACUGGUGGAGAUCUAUAGAGAGCCGAAAACCAGCCUGGGGCUCAGCAUCGUUGGCGGAAAGGUACGACGAAAGAUCGAUCUGCACAAUGGCGGCGCCAGCAAGUCUCAGAACAUCUCCGGGAUAUUCAUAAAGAAUGUUCUGCCGAACAGCCCGGCCGGUAGAACCGGCGGUCUCAAGAUCGGAGAUAGAAUAAUCGAGGUGGACGGCGUGGACUUGCGGCAGAGUACACACGAGCGAGCGGUGGAGGUGAUUCAAGCCGCCGGAAAUCCCGUCUGCCUCCUCGUCCAGUCGCUGGUGCAUCUGAGUCCGGAACACGGCGGCGGCGGCGGCGCGGCCCAAGAGGAGAAAGACGCCGGCAAAGGCGGCCGGAAGAGCCAUACGUCCCCUCCCAGCAUCAGCCCCGGGACGCCAACGGCCUCCUUUCGUCAUAAACCACCGCCGAUCUCGCCAGCGAGGUCCAUCACACCGGAAGUGAUACAGUCAGGGCUCGAGGACGGCGACGCUCAGGGCGUGACGCGCGGCGAUUUCCGCAGGCAGAGCUCGAAGAGAACGGAUGGCUCGGUUCCCAGCUCGCGAAGAUCCUCCAUGAAGAAGUCAAUUCGCAAGACGGGCUCGACGCCUCCCGCGAACCCGGACAUUCUCCGCGAGGUCAGCGAGGAGCGGGAGGAUCAUGCAGUCACCGCGGAACCGCCUGCCAAGACCACCAAGUACUCCUCGGACGAGAGCUCGGACGAGGACGAAGAGGACACUCGCAUGUUGGAGGGGAACGUGUACACGAAGGGCGGCGUCGAGAUCUCGAGGAAGAGCGCUGGCAACGUGAAACGCACGAAGGCGGAGAUCGACGCGGACCCCGAGACGGAGGACAAAUUCGGCUAUACGGCCAUGAAAGUACAGAAAAAGUACCAGAAUCUAGGUCAUAGAGUGUUGAUGGUCACGCUAGAGAAGGACAGGCGAGGACUUGGCAUCUCCUUGGCUGGGCACAAGGACAGAAACCGAAUGGCGGUGUUUGUUUGCGGCCUGAAUCCGAAGGGUGCGGCUCAUAAGAAUGGCGGGCUUCACAUUGGCGACGAGAUAUUGGAGGUGAACGGUUGCGUGCUGCAAGGACGCUGUCACUUGAACGCCUCCGCCAUCAUCAAAGGCAUGGUCGGCACUUGCUUCAAGAUCAUCGUUUACCGAAGAUUGAAGGCUGUCGACGACAUCGCCGUAAAGCCGAUAGUUCAAUUUCCACCGACCUUGGAUGACGCCGAUCAAUUCAGUCAGUAUAAGGGAGUCCGCAACCUACCAGUGAAGAAGGCAAGUGCCCGCGAUGCUGCGAGACUCAUACGAGGUCAAUACGGCCUCGGCAUCAUGAUCAUCGAAGGGAAGCACGCGGAAGUGGGACAAGGCAUCUUCGUAUCUGACAUCCAAGAGGGUAGCGCUGCCGAACAGGCUGGGUUGCAAGUGGGUGAUAUGAUCCUGGCGGUUAACAUGGACAGCUUGGCGGGCUGCACGUACGACGAGGCGACCUCGCUGCUGAAGAAAGCGGAGGGAAUCGUGACGCUGACAGUGUGCAAUCCCAACCAAAGCAAAGUGCAGGAGCAGAAAGACAAGGCGAAAGUUGGCGGCGCCGCUACGCCUUCUUCAUCCGUGGUCGCGGAGAAGACGCCGCAGAAGAGCGCGCCGACGUCUGUCAAAGAAUCGGACAAGCCAGCGGAACCCAUGGUGCCGCAGGAUCCAAAGAACUGCAAGAUAACGAUAGGCGUGGAAGUGACGAUAGAGUUUCACAAAGAGAAGGACAAAGGGUUAGGCUUGACUAUCGCCGGCGGCUCUGACACUCCGAUGAACGGGGUGUUCAUCCUGGAAGUGUCUCCCGAUGGCGCGGUCGGGAAAGACGGUCGACUGCAGGCCGGCGAUCAGAUACUGCACGUGUGCAACGAGAACUUCAAGGAGAUAGAGCACGAAAAAGCGCACAUAGCACUUUUGAAGGCGUCUCUAAGUGGGACUAUCACAAUAACGGUAUUGCGUCACGAGAAGCCAGCGGUCGAGCUCGAUGUCGAGCUACAGAAAAAGCCCGGCAAAGGAGCUGGUUUCUGUAUGCGUGGCUUCGUAAGCGGCAAAGGAGCCUACGUGUGGGAUUUGUUACCGGCCGGCAGCGCUUUGGAAAGCGGCAAGAUCUGCAAAGGCGACCGCAUACUGGCGAUAUGCGGGCAAGACGUUCGCGAGGCUCCUGUGGAUGACAUCGCUGUUUACAUGAAGACAUCCAACCCGCUGCAACUAAAGCUGGCCAGAUACAAGUCCGCCAAACAAUGACAGGGUUCUGCGGGCGGAACUCUCGGCACGCGUCUCGACAUACGGAGAAACAUCUACAGACACUGUGGAUUCUAGUAUGAUACAUAAAUGAAGUAACGUCUUAACCAUAAGUACCUUUGUUACGAGAAUCGCGUGCAGUCGUGGCUCGCCCUACUAGAGUUACACGCCAGCGUCGCGGAUCGAUCUUGCCGUUUCGCGCAGCGAGUCGUCGCGUGCAACCGGGAAACUACUUUGUAGAAGAAGAGGAGCAAGACAUAGGAACAUCGAGGAAACAGAGAGAGAGAGAGAGAGAAACAGACGAUCCAGCGAUACUAGAGAUACAUGUGCAUCGACUCGAAAUAACGGAAGAUGAAGCAAGAAACAAGGACUUUUCUAGCCACUUUGCAGGAGAGAAACCGCCGUCACCGGACAGCCUGAGUUUCAGCUAGUCGAUGUCGACGCGAGUUGAUCGGCCGUCAAACGAUUCCGUUUGCCGAUGCGCUCGCGCGCAAGUGUAGCCGAUUGCACGCAGCAUCUCAUUACACACGUGGCACAGAGUGUGUUUUGCGUAACGAGCGACAGGGUAUUACGCGAUCGCGCGAGCUAAUUGUCGUCGUUAUCGUCGAUCACUCAUACACACGUGCACACGGCGAGACGAGCAUAUUCGCAAUCACGUUCGUGAUGGAGAACACGUAGGGCAGGUAACAAUCGAUAAUAAUCGUCUGGUCUACAUCGAGAUACGCGCGGAUACCCGCGACGAUCGAGGGGAAAAUCCGUGGGAUCAUUUGGAUCAAUGUUCUCUUCUGUUCGGAUACGCCGCUCCUCUUGCAUCUUGAUACAAACAAACCGAACAAACAAAACAAACGAAAAGACUCGCUUGGUACGUUUCGUAUUAUACCGCGUAUACUUAAGAGACAGGUAAAUUAGAAACGACCGUAGAGCGCGCGUUCUCGAUCCGCCAAGGACGAAAGCGUUUUUACCACAAGAUAAGACAAAACAAGACAAGACUCUAGUCCCGCCGCGAGCUCGGCGUCUCGGCGUUUCCCGCCUUAAUCGAAUUCGCAUUCGCGUCGCGACCGCCGUAGCCGACGUAAGCGCAUUAUUGUCUCUCAUAAUUGUAUUUUUCAAUAUUAACAAGCGAUAACGCACGGGCGCGCACGAUGUUCCGAGCUGCGCUAAGAAUAGUCGCGGCCGCUUUUCUCGUCUGGGAGCUCUCCUCUCCUCUCGUUCGUCUCGACUGAAACAAAACGCGUCCGCUCUCGGCAAGAUCGUCGAGAGCUACAAUUUUUCUUAACUUGUAGCUUCAUUCGCGAACCGACGGGCAAAUCAGCCAGCAUCACAACGAUGCGCAGUAGUCUCUCGUCCUGUCGCCGAUUUAAACACUUGGACGACGCGGAGUUGGAGCGAAUUAAGGCAAGAAUCCGUCGAAAUGUUCUUCAAUGCUUUCGUUUUGGAAUAUACACAGUAUUCGUCGUCGUCACAUCUCUAUCGUUCCAAUUAAAAAAUAUUGAGGAACGUUUUAACGGAGGACUGACGUGGAUCGGCAGAAACUUCCAAGAGACGUUUUAAGGACGCCUUGAAGACGUUUGCAAAGGAGUGGGACGUCUUUUAAACGUUUUCUGGAAAUUUCCUAGCAACGACGGAAUCCUGUUCGCUGUCUAGACGGAUAAUGAGAAGCAACCUUUACUCGUAAUCGUUCACUCGUGACUUCGACGCGACUAACGCGCGCGAAGGUGUCGUCGGAUCAAGGCGCAGCUCGAGCAUCGGUCGGCGUGAUUAUCGCAAAUAAGUAGAACGCCGCCUAAGAAUCAUUAGAGAUAAUAAGAGGUCAUAAUACGAUCAUCCUUCGCGCGUAGCCUGAACGAACGAACGAACGAACGAACGAACGAACGAACGAAUGAACGAAUGAAUGAGAGGCGGUCGCGUCGAGCGUCGAAACGCCGGUCAAGCGGCCAUCAUUUAGCAGUAAGUGCUCCGGAGACGUGCGCUCGAGAUCAUCCCUCCCGGUCUCACCGCGCCGUGACCGACAUGUUCCCAACACCAAACGGCGAGUCAUCCCGAGUGUUCAAGCGUUUCUUCAUGCUCUGACGAUCGUCAACGGCAGGUGACACGUCGAAAAGCUAGACUGGUUUGUUGAGAGUACACAUAUAGUUAAAGUUAAUCCUACUAUUUUAACUAGUCCUUAGCUUAGAGAUUUUCAGAAGUGAAGGAGGGAGAGAGAAAAACAAAAGAAGACGAGAUGAUACACAAACACACUAAGAAUAGAGAAAGAAAUUAUAUAUAUAUAUAUAUAUAUAAAUAAGAAAAUAAAUAUAUAUAUAUAAGUAUAAAUAUAUGAAGAUAUAGAGAUAUAAAUUAUGCAGAGUCUAUAUAAUAGAGAAGAGAGUCGCGGAGCGUUUAUUUGACAGGUCAUUCGUGUGACUGGCGUUCUGCACGUUCUCACGGAACGUUUUGCACUUGAAUUUCGCAUAGUUUUAUUGUAGACGAGAAACGAAAGAAAGAGAGAGAGAAAGGACGUAGGAGUACAUACAUGCGUUUGUAGCGUUUGUAGCCGCGCGACAAGCGGAAAGUGCGUUUUAUCCAGUUGGCGCCCGCGAAAAUCGCCCGUCCGUCGUUUCUCUCGGCGUCGUCGGGCUCGAAGCUGCGCCUCGAUCGUUAUUUCGAAACGUUCGCUAUCAGGUUUCUGGCAGUACGGAACCCGAUACUCGCCCCCGACGUACAGGAUCGCCUCUCUCUCUCUCUCUCUCUCUCUCUCAAGAGAGAGAGAGAGAGACUCGCGGGAAAUACUCUCUGCUUCAUAUCGGCGGUAGUGUCGGAAAUGCGAUCGUUCGCAGAAGCACAUCGUUGUUUACACCUAGUGGAAAAUAACGACUGAAACGGCGAUGAUGUUACGUGCCGGUUUCGUACCGGAUGCAGCCGAUUCCAUCCGAUCCAACUGCCGUUUGCAAGGGAGCGAGAGAGAAGGACAGACAAAGAGGAAGUGUCGGGGCACAUUCCGCGAGCUCGAGUUGCGAUCGCGUUGAUCAAAUGGCGCAGUCGUGUGAUUGAGACGCCUCUUUUGAGAUCGAGAGACGUCGAACGCGGACUGUCACGCGCGACUAUCUGCACUCGAUCCUUCAUAGUUACAGUUCUGUUCACAUAUGCAUAUUGUACGAUUAUUGAUAGCGUUACCGCACACGAGCGUGCGAUUGUAAAAUGGCUUGCAUUGCGGCUCGGUGGACCGUCCAUCGUGAUCGCGAAGUGGGACUUAGAGAUGGGCGAUGUAUAGCCGACGAAUCGAUGAAUCAACGGCACUUGUAUAUGUGUAUUGCAGGCUUUAUUUGAUGAAUUGUCUUGAAGCCUGUUCUGCUUGAAUUUCCACUUUUCAGUAACGUAAUUCAUCAUCGAGUCAAAGAAAUCUAUUAAAAGUUCGUCCGUUGAAUUGUACUAUUUGAGGAUAAAAUGAUCCUCUGAUCCGUCAUUCAGUCUUGUAACGUUAUUAAUUGUUUGUUGAAGAUGAUCGACUCAUAUCUUAGAUAUCAAGUGGAAAAGAUAAAAAAAUGUCAAUCGAUUAUUCUUCACGUUUUUGAGAUUUACUCGCGGUAGUAUUUUUUAUAAUCGAUUGUUUGAACGUCGAUUCUUUUCUCAGAUUAUCGCCCAUCCCUAACGGGACCUGAAACGUUCCGCAAGAAAGUGAGAUGGACGAAGAUGCGACGAAGAUAUCAUUGUUCUCUGACUGUGGAUUUUAAAUAAAUUAGGUAAGCCGACGCCACACUUUUACAACCAACGGCUCAUGGUUAUUGUCUUGAUUAUUGUUAUCACGAAUUAUUACAUUUGACGUCAUGAUCAUCGUAGCGUGGCACUACUGAGAGUAAGAAAGAAACUGAUUAUUAUAGAACGAGAAUAAAAUGACCGAGAUCUAUUAAAAGUAUUAAUUGCAA